AAAGAUGAUGACACCAACGAAACAACGGGAUAUUACCAACCACGACGAUUCCAGUAAAGGACAACCCCAGCAAACGACGAAUUCAGAAACAGCGAUAUCAACAAAACCCGACAAGAGAUAA